GCGCCCUCAUGGCCGGCUAAAGCAGACGUCGUUACACGGCUAUAAAAACAAACGGUGCCUCAUUUUUUGCCGGUGCCGUGUUUGCAGUUAGCAUGAUGGAUAUACGACCAAACCACACCAUCUACAUAAACAACCUCAAUGAAAAAGUAAAGAAAGAAGAACUGAAAAAGUCGCUCUAUGCGAUAUUUUCACAGUUUGGCCAGAUAUUGGAUAUCGUUGCCUUAAAAACACUCAAGAUGAGGGGCCAAGCCUUUGUUGUGUUUAAGGACAUCAACAGCGCCACAAAUGCCCUGAGGUCGAUGCAAGGAUUUCCUUUCUAUGACAAACCCAUGCGUAUCCAGUACUCGAAAACAGAUUCUGACGCCAUAGCUAAGCUUAAAGGCACAUUCCAAGAACGAGCAAAGAAACAUGAGGGUGAACAGGCUCCGAAGAAGUCAAAGAAGAAGAAGACCCAACACGCAGCAGCUCCCCAGUUGAUCGGAGCACCUGCCAUGGGCAUGCCGCAGAUGAUGCCGCAGAUGAUGAUGAUGCCCGGCCCUGUUAUGAUGGGACCAAUGGGAGCUGUCCCUGAACAACCACCCAACCAGAUUCUCUUCCUUACCAACCUGCCUGAGGAGACAAACGAGAUGAUGCUUUCUAUGCUUUUCAACCAGUUCCCGGGCUUCAAGGAAGUCCGUUUGGUACCUGGGCGGCACGACAUCGCUUUUGUGGAAUUCGAAAACGAGAUCCAGUCAUCAGCUGCCAAGGAAGCACUGCAGGGAUUCAAGAUCACACCCACACACGCCAUGAAGAUCACAUUUGCCAAGAAGUAGAGUUUGCCGAUCACUGGUUUUAUUUUUUCACUCGUGCGUUGCAGUGUACAUUUACCACUCAUGUUCAUCAGCAUGAAUGGCCAUUGAAGUGUUGCGUGAUUAAAAGAUUCUCAUCAACACA